AAGUGACCACCUAACGUAGGCUUCAAUUUAUGAUGCGGGAUGACGGUAAAUACCCAUAACUUCCACGACAACCUGUGCUUUGCUAAAUAUUUAGGCGAGUCUGAUACGGACUCCGAGUCUCCGCCACAGAAGAGGCAGAGACUCUCAUCGCCCACUUACGAUGACAGUUCGAGAUGUUCAGCCAGGACGAGUUCAAUGCCUUUGACAUGCUCGAAAGACAGAUGUCUCAGGCGUCUGAGUCUCUAUCUAGGCCACCUCAGCCCUUGUCUCAAGGCAUCUUCAGCGACAUAGGACUCACUACGACCUCUACAUCAGAGCACGACUCUAUGCCCAAUAGAGUUCAAAGAGGUUAGUUUGUCGUAUCUUCGACGGCUCUCUGGAAUCAAUUACGUCGCGAUACAGUGACACGGGUGUCACGUUCUGUGUUAGGCUUUCAGCCUGCCGCUUCUAUGACCCACUUUGCCUCCGAGGCCACAGACCCAAGAUCUGAUCGCGUUACACCUACUGGAAAGCAGUCAAGCUCGGAAUCCAUCUCGUCCUCCCCUUCUGUGCAGCGGCAGGAGCAAAUGACAUCACGGUACCAACCCACCGGCACUCCUCCUGUCGGCGCCACGUUCCAAUCAGCUAAAGAGCUAGCUAUGGUUCCUAGUGGCGACGAUGGGUAUCACGAAGGAGAUAAUUGGCUCAAUGCUACUUCGGCCCCUGGUGCUCCCCUCAGUUUUCAGUCUGAAACAGAUUUUCCGGACAUGGCCAGCUCUUUCAUGGAUCACCCAACGGGCGUCAGUAUCGCCUGCCCUUCCAUCGAGACUAAAGGCAGCAAACUGGAAAGUAGUGAUAUUCUUGUUGGCUUCCAAACUGGAACAAGCUUGCUCGACUCUGGCAAAGCGACAAAGACAAAUUCCUGGUCCGCGCCGUCUGCAGAAUCUCUAGCGAAGGCCGCGGAGCGUAUGAAACGCUGGGAGGCAGAGAUAGACGAGGAGCUAUCCGAGCCCUUUGGCCAGGAUAAUACGAUGUCGGCGCAAGAUCCUAUGCCAGUUUCUCAGCUGCCCACCUUCGGGCGUGUCGCCCUGAAGGGUGUGGAGAAUUCCGCUGCUCUGUCCUCAAGUCAGUCGUGUCCUCAAGUAGAGCCACCGGACACGCCGACGCCAGUGCGUACGGCAUUCAAACGCCCUUCAUCGAUCCUUUCUACCCCCUUGGGGAGCCGAAAACCCUUCAAAUCCCCACUUCUCAACAAGUCCAUCCCUGGGCCAUCCUUUACGCCAUCUUUCAGCUCUCCCCUCAUCCCAACCCAUCCCCGCCCUUCUACUGGCCCCAAGCCCCCUUCAUUCACGCCUCCACUAAAAGCAGCCUUCCCCUCCGUGUCUUUCAGCUCGAACAGUCCGUUCGUGACCCCCACCAAGAAGUCUCUUGGUUUGACACCGCGACGGUUGGGAGUCAGUGGCUCGGCAAAGAAACCCAAUUUUUUCACGCCGUUUAAGGUGGGGAUGAAGCCUGGCGAGCCGGGCAGAGCGCAGCUAGAAGUCAGCCAGAGAACGAGCACGCCUAAACCAAGCAUUGUUGGUAUUGCUCCGCAUGUAUACAAGACACCGGCAAAAAAGGAUAAUGGGAAGGGUCGUGCAGCAUUUUUUGAUCUGGGUAAGGGUCUUGUCCCACACGCCGCCGAGAAAAUGACAUAUAUUGCACGCAUAUAGGGCACCCGCCAAACAGGCAGACGCUCACCUCCUCCGGCCUUCGACCUCAAUCCCAUUCCAGAGAGAGUUUGGAGUCCUACGGCAUGUGAGUAUCU